ACCGAUAUGAAAAAUUCUCCUUUAAAAAUGUUACACCAACUUUCUGUCAGAUGGCGCGCAGAACGCAGGCACGAUCGUGAUUGGAACCUUACAAAUUGUCGUAUCAUUCGCGAUUACGAUAUGAAACAUCUUGCUAGUCAUCUUUGCUCAUAAGCUGGUGUCAAGAGUCAAGGAAAGCCGUAGAAGGUAUAUUAGUGGAUACCCGGCGAUCGACGAAAUUAAUUGCAGUUAAAAUUUUUUCUUUAAACACCGUAAAAUGGCAUUCCAACAAGAGAGUCUUAAUGUUUUCUACUUUUGGAGUGGUGUAUUAGUUUUGAAAUUGUUAUCUAUGACAGUACUGACUGCUCGACAGCGUUUUAGCAAAAAGACAUUUGCAAAUCCAGAAGACGCAGCGGGCUUACCAAAUUCAAAAGUAGGAUUCAAUGAUCCGGACAUAGAACGCAUCCGCAGAGCCCACUUGAAUGACUUGGAGAAUAUCCUUCCUUGGUUCGCGAUUACUUAUAUUUGGUUGGGGACAGGACCAUCUCCUUGGCUAGCCAGAGUAUUAAUUAGAAGUUUCGCCGCAUCUAGAAUCAUUCAUACCAUUGUGUAUGCAAUUAUUCCGAAGCAGCCACACCGUGCGUUAGCCUUUUUCAUUGGCUUUUUCAUUACCGGUUAUGAGGCAGUUUCCACGAUGCUAUACUAUUAUUAAGAUUCAGAAUAAUUAAUUUCAACGUGCAGUUAAAGAAGCGUAAUAGCUUGUACACUUCCAACUUAUCGAAAUAUGAAUACUCGAUGAAAAUUUCAUCAUUCUGUUUAGUGCAUUUUAAUAAGAUUAUUUACUUCGAUGCAAUAGAUAUCUUUGCAAUUUUUGUAUUUCCCAUUUUCCUAUAUGCACGGACCGCAGUCUUGUUAAUAUACAAGAUCUAACCCAGCUGUACAUACAUACAUAUAACUUUUCGAUCCUGUAAACAUAUGAGUACAUUUAGUAUACUCUGAAAAGAUGUUACUGAAAUUUUCCACAGUUUUUUAGGAUGUACCCCUUGGGGUACAAUAUAUUUUGUAUAUUUAUACACACUUUUAAGUGAAUAAGCAAAGUCUAAUAUGGCUUAAUAUUGAGAAUUUGAUGUUUUCAACUAAUGACACGUCCUGAGGAUCUGUAUAGUUUUCAAGAUGAAGUAAAAACUAAUCUAAACGUACAUUUAGAUAAUGAUUUCGGUGACAUUGUAAAAGAAUGUUUAAUGCCAAAGCAAAUAUCUGUACUCGAUGUUCAAUUAAACUUGCCUGUUCUUCCGAGAA